AUACAACUGAACAAUAAAUCUGUUAACUAUACUUAUACGGUGUACCUAUUUGCUAUUAACUACUACUUGAUAGUGCGAACAAUUCUGAAAAUUUGUUAUAUUUGUUCAACUAAACGCGGAAAUAAAAAUUACCAAAAAAUGUCUUUUUUAAGUCCCUUUAUACGUAAUCCAGUAACUGACUUUACUGGUCCAUUACUAAGCGCUCAAUUUGGUCUACGUUGUGCUGAUUUUGAAAUGAAAAUGGUAAAUUGCUUUGAAGCUUAUGGUCAUCCAUUGGCUAUUGAAAAAUGUGAGGUGUAUUAUGAAGAUUUUAAAGAGUGUUGUACUAGAGAAAAACAAAUGACCAGAGUACAAACUAUUCAAAAAGAACGAGCAUUGCAAGCUAAACGUCAAGGAAAGGAAGAAGACUUUGAAAACCCACCAGUUAUGCACACAUACUAAAUUUUUCAUAAUUGUGUAGCCUGAAAAGUUAUUAUUUUAAAUAAAAUGUGUGUAGAAUGUUUAAAACUGUUGUAAUUUUAAUAAUAGUCAUUCAAUUUUGUACAAAUAGUUAUCCUUAAUGUUACAUUGGAUUAUAAAACAACAUAAAAAAAAAUUAAUUUCCA